AUGAACAUAAACGUGAAGCGGCACAUUAAGCCAAUAUUCAAUAUUAAGAAUAUUUUUUUUAGACAAGAAAAACCUUUGGGGGAUAAAAUAUGGCGAAAAAUUAUACCCCUUGGAGAUUGUCAUGUAUAUAAGCAACCGCAACUGAUGCAUUGUUGGCCCAAUUUUUACAACGAGUCUUCUGUAGUUCCCAUUGGAAAGAGUGAAGACAUAGGUGCAUACCAAAUGAGGAGGGACAGGGGAGGCACUGUGAGAAAGAAAUUGAGCCGAGAGAAGAAGAAAACGCAGAAAAAGCAGAAGAAGGAAAAAUCGGCCGAUGUGCACAAGUAG